AUGGGUGGACUUUUCUUCUUAUAUGGUCAAGGUGGUUGUGGAAAAACAUUCUUAUGGUCAACUAUAUCAUGCUCAAUUAGGUCUAAAGGAGGUAUAGUUUUAAAUGUUGCUUCUUGUGGGAUUGUUGUACUUUUGUUGCCUAAUGGAAGAACUUCACUUUCAAGGUUUAAAAUUUCUUUGGCCAUAAAUAAGGAUUCUUUGUGUAGCAUUAAACAGGGAAGUCCUCUUGCAAGGUUAAUAUCUAAGGCCAAAUUAAUCAUAUGGGAUGAAGAUGAAGCUCCAAUAAUAAGUAAGUAUUGUUACGAAACUUUAGACAAAUGUCUAAGAGACAUCUUAAGGUGCUCAGAUUCGUAUAAUGCUCAUUUGCCAUUUGGAGGUAAAGUUAUUGUUCUUAGAGGAGAUUUUAGACAAAUUUUACCUAUGAUUCCCAGAGGCUCAAGGCAAGAUAUAAUUCAGUCUUCUAUUAAUUCUUCAUAUUUGUGGCAUAACUAUAAGGUUUUGAAGCUUAUAAAAAACAUGAGAUUGUCACUAGGUGAAAAUAACAACAUACAAGAACUCAGAAAUUUUGCAGAAUGGCUACUCAAAAUUGGUGAUGAUUUAGUUGGUGAUACAACAGAUGGUGAAUCGAUCGUUCAUAUACCAUCUGACAUUUUGAUUAAGAACUCUGAGACAGCUUUGGAUGACCUCAUUAAUUUCGUGUAUCCAGAUAUGUUAUCCAAUUUAUCCGUUGAAAAUUAUUUCAAGGAUAGAGCAAUUCUUGCACCAACUUUGGAUUGUGUCACUGAUGUCAACAACAAGAUGACUGCAGGGUUACUUGGACAAGAAAGAGUCUACUUAAGUUCAGACUCUGUGUGUGCUGAAGAGGGAAAUAUUAUAACUGCACGAUGA